GUCAACCAUGAACAAUUUUCAUUUGUGUGCGGUUAUAGGAAAUUUCGUGCCCUAAAAUCUUACUGCAUAUAUGUACAUAUCUCCGAAGUGUUGAAAUUUAAUCGUUAAAGAGUGUAAUAUUUUUUCUAAAACGUUUGGGGUUAGUGAUUCGGGACGAAACACGGUUUGUGUGGAUUGGAAACUGGUAAAUACAACUUAUCGCCAUGGAGAAGUUGCGCCUCAUGAAGGACAAUCGUUCUGAAAUAAUUGUUGGCGGAAAGUACAGAAUUAUUCGGAAAAUAGGCAGUGGAUCAUUCGGAGAUAUUUAUUUGGGAAUGAGUAUACAAAGUGGAGAAGAAGUAGCCGUAAAAAUGGAAAGUGCAAAUGCACGACAUCCACAACUCUUAUAUGAAGCAAAAUUAUAUCGAAUUCUAAGUGGUGGAGUUGGAAUUCCCAGGAUCCGAUAUCACGGCAAAGAAAAAAAUUUUAAUACAUUAGUUAUGGAUCUUCUCGGACCAUCCUUGGAAGACUUGUUCAAUUUUUGUACACGCCAUUUUACUAUUAAAACGGUGCUAAUGCUGGUGGAUCAAAUGAUUGGGCGCCUUGAAUAUAUUCACUUAAAGUGCUUUAUUCACAGAGAUAUUAAACCUGAUAAUUUUCUUAUGGGAAUCGGGCGUCAUUGCAAUAAAUUGUUUUUGAUUGAUUUUGGCUUAGCUAAAAAAUAUAGAGAUCCGGUUUCCCGCACUCAUAUACAAUAUCGUGAAGAUAAGAAUUUAACGGGAACAGCACGUUAUGCUUCAAUAAACGCUCAUUUGGGCAUUGAACAAUCCAGAAGAGAUGACAUGGAGUCAUUAGGAUACGUUAUGAUGUAUUUUAAUCGUGGAGUUUUGCCAUGGCAGGGAAUGAAAGCCAAUAACAAACAACAGAAAUACGAAAAAAUUUCUGAAAAGAAAAUGUCUACUCCUAUUGAAACUCUGUGCAAAGGAUUUCCAGCAGAAUUCGCAAUGUAUAUAAAUUAUUGCCGCAGUUUGCGAUUUGAGGAACAGCCCGAUUAUAUGUAUCUCCGGCAACUUUUCAGAAUCCUUUUCAGAACAUUAAAUCAUCAUUAUGAUUAUGUUUAUGAUUGGACCAUGUUGAAGCAAAAAACACAUCAGGGCCAACCAAAUCCCGCUAUUUUACUGGGACAAGCUGAGUCACGCAACGAACGUGAUAAGGAGAAAGAGAAGCAAGGUUUAAAGCCGAUGAUAUCUGAUUGAAACCAAUGUGAAAAAUAAUUUGUGAAAUAACAAGCGUAUUUCCUAGGGUUAGAACUGGAAUUUGAUCAUAAUAAAUAAUGCAAAUCCAUUUUGCACAUCUGAGGAUAUUGAUAUAUAAUUUACAUUAAUUACUGUACACAUUUUGAAUUAUGUCAAUAAAGACUAAUUGUUUUAAACCUGA